AUGGCUACCGUUAUCACUAUCCAGCCCUCGGGCUUUUCCCAAGCCCAUUCCCCUGAUCUCCGCCGAAAGACGGGCUCGACCCCAGCGCUCUCUCCAUCCCCCAUCUCUAUCAACUCGGCCCUUCCCCGCGUACGGAAUGGAGCUAGCUGUGACGCUUGUCUCCACAGAAAGAGCAGGUGUGCCAUGAACGAAAUGGUCAAUAAAUGCUAUUCAUGCGACUUUCAUCGCCAGGAGUGUACCUUCACCCUUACAGCCCAGUCCGAGGUUCCAUCUAAGAAGAGGAAAUUGGACGAAGGGCAGGAGCCCACAGAAGGAAUUAAGCGACCCUCUACAGUACAAUCGGCACAUUCUAUCCCGGAGACCGAGUCUCACUCGCUAGCAGUGAACAUGAUUCGCCCCGGGUUCUUUAACCAGUCAACCCAGCAUAUUGGCAUGACCACCGAGUUGGAGCCAACAUUGCUGGAUUAUCUUCCGCUUGACCAAUACGACGAAUGCACAGUCUCGAACUCACGCGUGCGGAGAUGUGCCGACGACGGUACCUUCAUGCGUGUUGUCGACACCGUGCCUAGUGACUCGGCCGUGUCACUCGAUGCUAUUGAGAGCAUGGUCGCUCCCUACGGCUCAACACUGAUUGAAAAGUUCUUCGACCAUGUACAUCCCUCGUUCCCGAUUUUGAUAGAGGAAGUCUUCCGCCAAUCAUACCGUGAGCGCCGUGGCCUCUCACCGCUACUACUUGCCGCAGUCUACGUCUUGACCUUGAAGUUCGUCGACGUCGGUGCCACCUCGCAAACUGCGCGCAAACCUGAUGCCGCACGACUGGAGGCUUCGGCCUUGAAGCUGCUGAUGGAUUCUUUGCAAUUCCCCAGUGUCUCGACCAUCCAAGCAGGGCUCCUGUUGACACAGAAGUCGACUCUAGCUACGGCAUCCUUAAAUGGUCAGCUGGUCACGGCCGCUUUCGAACUGGGUCUGCACCAGGACUGCACGAACUGGCGUAUGGAGACCUGGGAGAAGGGCCUGCGGAAACGCCUCGCGUGGGCGCUGUAUAUGCAGGAUAAAUGGUCGUCUCUAGUGCACGGCCGACCUUCGCAUAUCUUCGCCUUCAACUGGACGGUCAAGGAUCUCGUGGAGCAGGACUUCUCGGAUGCUUUUUCCUCCGGCACUGACUCCUCGCACGAUGAAACCGCCGUCGGCCACGGCCCUCUUCUUUUCUGCCACAUGGUCGCGUUAACAACCAUCCUCUCCGACAUUCUCGACCGUUUCUAUACAUUGCACGCCAUUGAAGAGUUCGCCGCCGCCGGAAACCAGCGUACACGCAUGAUAUUAGAAAAGGCCAAACCAGCCCAAAUCCGGCUCAAGGACUGGUUCUCCUCCCUUCCACCAUCACUCAAGAUGGAAACCUCAACCGGCGAACUCGUCGAAACAAUAACAGACGAACACGCCCGUAACGGUGCCCUUCACCUCGCCUACUUCGCCACCGAAAUAACCCUACACCGCUGCAUCGUCCGCUCCCUCCUCGCCGAAGGCACAGACCAGUAUCUCGCGCACAUCUGCCGCUCUGCCGCAAAGACUCGCCUGAUCUCCGCAAUGGACUUUGUCAACCGUCUCCGCCCUGCUCACCUCCGCUCUUUCUGGCCCGCCUCCGCACGCACCAACUUCUCCCUUAUCGGCUCCUUCGGCAUGCUCCUUCGCAUCACCGCCCCGACAAACGAGGAGGCAGACUUCUACCGCGUCCGGCUGUGUGAAUACCGCUGGACUCUAGGUGUCAGCCACAAGAACGCUGAAUUCAUGGGCUUUGCCCUACAAAGUCUGGAUAAUGCCACCGCGCUACACAAGCACGUCCCCGCGAAGCCGGGGAUCGCGGAACUCAUGGCGUCAUCUUGCAAGAAUGCACCCCCACGCAUGCCGACUACGGCGCUUGGCUCUUACGAUGAGGCUAUGAUGGAUGCCGGCGGCACGGGAGCUUCGAGCUCGGUUAUGUCGGGCCUUGCCUCGCCAGCUACGUCUGUUAGUGAUAUGGAGGAUGGGGAAGCCUCUAUGGCGCCCCUGUGA